GCAACUUUCUGCCUAACCGGGUCUAUUGGGUACCGGCGGGCUUGGACCGACAAGGCCACGCGGAUCCAACUGGCCGGAGCGUGUUGGCAUGCCGAACGCCUGCCCGGCCCCCUGUUGGGCCCAACCGCCAGGGUUACCAUGUUGCGCGCGUCUUUCUGCGUGCCCCCGGGCUCGCCGCGCUUUGUCGUACCGGGGGGGGAGGAGGAUUUUGCUUCCAAAAUGCAAAGGCUGAAGAGCGUGCUUGAUGACCCUGCGGGGGAGGCUGAGCGAAAAAGCCAGGAGGCCGACCUCUCCGAGGGAACAGGUGACUCCGUCAGGUGCGGAAAGCUGUUCGCUGACUCUGGCCCGCUCUUGGGGCCUCCACCGUCCUGGCUGCCCAAGAGUCUCUCCAAAGAAGCAGAGGACGCGGCCGAGGCCUACCUGCGGAAGGUGCACCAGGUCGAGUACUCUUUGGAGGCUUGGAAUGGUGCCGUGCAGGCUGGCACGACCCUCCUCAGGCUUUGUGGAGGAUGGAAGGAGGCUGUGGGAGCGCUGCGCUACGCGUGGAGGGCUCGGGGAGAAGAUCACUUCGCAGGGCUUUUCGAUCACCACCUCGAUAGUCACCUUCCGGAGGAUCUCCUUGCGUGGGUUAGAAGAGUUGCCCAGGAAAGGGUAAAGGCCGAGUACCGUGGCACGCAGCGUGCCCGGGUUAAGGCCACCCCGCAUCCCUCUCUUAAGGAUCAUGUGGAAGAAGCUCGGCAACUAAUCUGGCAGGACGCUACGCGAGGACGAGUGCUCUUGAUGAGCCCCGGCCCCGAUGAAGAAGACCUGUUAGAUGGGGUGGUAUCUGUACCAUUGGCAAGAGUGCCGAAGUACAACCCAGACAGGUCAGUCUCCUCCAAAGGGAGAGUAAUAUGGGACGCCAGAGUCGUUAAUGAGCUUUGCCAUAAGGACGACCAUUUUCCAGCCAUCCAGCCCAGAUACGCUGAGGUAGUAAGGCUGGUGAUGUGGUACAAGAGCCGGUACCCCGGAAAAGACGUCUCAGAAGCCUUUAAGUGGCUUUGGGUCGAGCAGGACGACUGCCGGCUUUUCGGAGCGGAUCUUCCCACUGAAGGGGCUACCCGGGACAGCCGUGGCGACGCUUCGCGCCCGGUUACGGUUUUGUACCUCGCAAUGACGUUUGGAUGGACGGGGGCCCCAGGAGAGUUCAUGGCUUUUGCAUGGGCGAUCAAGUUGCUACACAGAGCAUGCGGGCCCGACCGGCCCGAGUGGCACGACUCGUCCUCCUUCCGGUCGCUCGCUUUAAUGGACGACUCGGUUGUGAUCGAGCCUGACUUGGGCCUACGCCCUCAGCUGUCGGUCGACGCUCUGGAAGAAGCGAUCCGACAGACCCUGGGGCCACUCGCCAUCAACGCAGCCAAAGACGUCGAGGAGGGUACCCUCACCACGAGAAAAUUGAUUUGGGGCCUAGAGUUCGAUACAGAAGCCGGAACCUGUCGGCUCCCGCCUCUCAAGGUCGAACGAGCCUACCACGUCCUCCAGUCCCCGUACUUCGACGCCGGCCAGACCAAGGUACCGCUCAAAGAAGUCCAGGUGUUGCGGGGCUCUCAACAGUUCUGGCUAGGGGUCCUCCCACAACUCGCCCCUUACCUCCAGAGCACUAAUGCGCUUUUGGGACCCGCUGACCGAGAAGGCCACGUCGUCCUACGCGGGAAUGAGGCAGAACAGUCCGCACAGUGGGAAGCAUUCUGGAGCGCCAUCGAGCUGCAAAGGCUGCUGGUCGGUUCGCGGCAAUUUUGGGAGGCGCGCUUCGUCUCACAGCUCGAGCACGCCCUCACCACGCCCGAACUCUUGGCCCUACCAGAGGUCAAGCGCAACCUGGUCUGGGUGUCAGCUGACGCCACGCCGCUGGGAGCGAUCGACUGGACCGCAAGGGUCGCAGCCAAUGCCCAGGAUUCCACCGACCUCGAGGCUCGUACCGAGCCCGAGGAGGACUUGGUACAAAUAGGCGUCGCGGAAUUGCUGGCCUUGCUCGUGUUAGUAGUCGCCAGAAAGGAAGCCUGGGCAGGCAGCGUGGUUCUGUACUUGGGAGACAACACCAAUGUGCAAGAUUGGUUGCGCAAGCGACAAGCCGGGAAUGCGCAAGCCAACCACCUCCUGAAAGUCUUGGGAGCGUUAGAGGGGGUCCAUGGCCUACAAGUGAGGGGGGCAUACCUUCGCACUUAUCACAACCAAACCGCCGACGACCUGACCCGGCUUGACCCCGACAGAGUCAUGGAGCAACAGAGGCUGACACGCCUCAGUGUUCCAGACGAUUGGGGCCGAGUACUGGGAGAAGCUUGGCACCGCAGAGCCCUCUUGUGGGUGGGCCAACCAGACUCCGAUCGGCAGAUGGCCCUGCAGCUCGCCGCACGGAGGAUUGGACCGGCCCCUCCACGGGCCAUGCCAGCGUUCGGUUGGAAGGUGCACGAGCUCGGUGCUUCGGAGCACGGCGUGUGCACCCGGGCUUUCUUUGCCGCUGGAGGCUUGAAGCAUGACCCCCAAGACUCUUUAGCCACUUUAGAAGGGGCACCCACCGUGCAGCGUUCCGCUCCCGGUGAGGAGGAAACCCCGACGCAGGAAGAACGUCUGCUUUGCGUCGCCACCGUGACUGGCGAAGCGGAGGCGCGACGGGUCGUGUCUGGCGUGCCCGCGCAGGCCGCGAGCACUUGGAUAGACUCUUUUCGCCCACUCGCGGUCGAAGCGAUUUGCACAGAAGAUGCUCAGAACCGCUGGGAGUGGUGGACGGAGGAGUUCACCGGCCGCACCUUUAAAGAACAGGUCCAUAAACUCCCGGGGGAAGGCUGGGACGCCACAGAUGACGAUGAGAGCGAUGCACGUCUUGCCCUGAAGGGAAAGGGAGCCCAUAAGGGGCGCAGGGACCAGGAGAAGCUGGAGCGUCUCCGUGGCUCGUUCCGAGCCCGGAGUGACGCUGACCGGCGAAGGCUGGUCAAGAUCCUCAGACACGAGGCUGCCCUCCUGGGUCUUCCGAUCCGCGAAGACGGAUGGGUCUCGUUGAAGGACCUCAACGAGUGCGUCGGAACCAUAUCCGGCGAAGAUGCCGCCCGAAUCAUUGGGCGAGACGAGAAAGAUAGGCUAAUUCUUUCUCAAGAGGGUGAAGAAGUGUGGGUGGCGGCCGUGUCAGGUCACACCAUGGCAGGGGUUGUGGGGCCUGGCAGAGAGCUGCCCCUACAGGAGGUUCCAGAGGUGCUUGUGCACGGCUCCUACGCGCGGCACAGCAACAACAUCCUCAAGGUUCGGUUCCUACUCACUACCAACGACAUUUACCUGGCACCGGACGGAAUACCCCCUGAGUAUAUCUCGCAGAUCGAGUCCUGGCGGAAAGGACCGGUUCCCUUCCCACCGCGGGCAGCGGGGUCUUCCGUGGGGCGUUCCGCUCCCGGAACGGCCGCCGGCUCGCGCCGGGAAGGAGCUGCGAAAACCGCGGCCGAAAAAGCCCAACAAAGGGCCGAGGCUGUGGCUGAGCACAAAGAGGCCGCACGCUUUACCGAGAGGCAAGAGGCCAGGCGUAAGUUGGCGUCGGCCGCGCCCCGGGGCACAGUGGGCGUGGAGUUGCAGAGAGCUCUGGACUCCGACUGUGAGUCCUGUUCGGACCGCAGGGAGCAGUCCACCCUGAGCGGAGCAGCGUACGCCACACAGCGCCUGCGAGCCAUGGAAGCGCGACCUCCACCGGAACCCGUCGUUCUUAGGCCACGCCACCAACCCGGUACUCCGGCACGAGGCGGCGAACAAGGGGCUCUCGGGUCAACCGACGGCCCAGCAGAAACCUCAGAACGCCCCGAGCCGGAGCUGGGGGACGAAGAACUGAUAGAGGUCGCUGAGCAGAGGAACUCAGACCAGUACCCUCCAGAGGGCAGCCCCAAGGGCGAUGAGCCGAUGCCUUCCGUGGAGCAUUCCGCUCCCGGAAUAGCAGAAGCCACGCUCGAGGGCGACGAACCGAUGCCUUCCGUGGAGCGUUCCGCUCCCGGAAUAGCGGAGGUUGAGCCUGCGGUCGGUCCGGGUCUGGGCGCCUCGAAAACUACCGCCCAGGAAGCAGCACUGAAGGAAGAGCAAGCUGCGCCAGGGGAGAGCGCCUCGACGUCCGCCGAGGCGCGUUUCGCGCCCGGCGAAGGCGAAACCCAGGCAAUCUGGGGCCCGAAGGUUGAAGAAGGAGGUCCUUUGCAGCCCCUUGUUGACGCCGCCCAGGCGUUGGGGGAGGUGGCUCUGGCAGAGCCGGAAGCCAUCGCGCUGAAGGUCGACCCGGACACGUUGACGGCGGAAAUCGGCAAGAUGUCGCUGGAAGAUGAAGACCCGGAUUGGUCUGGCGACGAGGCCGAAAUUCCAGUAGCUACCGCCUUGCCGGGCGAGGCCGCGUCCAGCUCCACUAAACAAGAGGAGGGCCGGGGAACUAAGAAGGAACUCGAGCUCGACGAGACGGAGGAACCCCCACGCCGCCGCAAAGUGGUGUUGGCUACUGGCCAGUUGUCGCUUCUCCGGGCUUUGGCCGCAGCCAACGCGUCCAACUGGUCCGGGGUUCAGCGUGCUCUCAGAGAAGCCCACGGGUCGGGCGAAGAGAAGAGCGAGCUUGUGGAGAACCUUACGUCCCUGGCGCAAGCGUUCUCCAAGAACCGCGACGCCUGCGCGCAGGCGGCAACCUCGAGGGUCGCGGAGCUCGAGGGCGCAGAAGCCGCCUACUUCGCGGCGCCCCCGGCCCUGGCAGAACUGGAACGCAAAAACCCAGUGAUGCCCAGCAUGGAUAAAAGCCUCGGGUGGAUCAACCACGCUCGUUUCCUGCAGGACAAGGAAGCCGCCGGAGUGUGGGUGGCACGCAGAAAGGAGAAAUCCCGCCUGCGAGCUGCUGCACACCGAGCGGCUCAGCAGACUGCCGAAGGCGCUGGUGCAGGGGUGCAAGACCCGGUCCGCGACCAAGCGGACGCAGCCAGCCACCUCAACUUUCAAAUGAAUGAGGCGGCAAGGGACAACCUGCGGCGCUUCCAGGCAGAGCUGCGGGCUGGGGAGCUAGACGCCCCGAUGCGAGCCGCAGUAGCUCAGAAGCGCAAGCCUGAGUCCGAGCGCCGGCGACGCAUCAAAUGGGCCAGGUUUUGCGAGAAGCAAGGAAAAACCAGGAAGUACGACCCUACUGAAAGUGAGCAGAACCACCCCUACGCGCACUCGGGCUCACCCCACCUCGAGAGGGCCAUGCGUUCCGGGCCCGGCAGGUGCCCGACUGAGGACGGGCUGGAGAACCGGGAGAUUCCUGGCACUAUGGGGGAUGGUCGCUACCUACAGCAUACAGCCAGCGAAUGCACUACCGGGACCCACUAG